AUGGAUGACAAGUUCGCUCCCCAGGGCUUGCUGACCCUCGAUCCUGAGGAGCUCGUGUUCCGCAACGUCCGCCCGCAGCAGGUGUACCGACAGAAAAUCAGGGUAACGAACAACCUGAAUGCUCCCGUCGAGGCGACCAUCCGACCCGGAAUUCCGGACCGCUACACUGUCAGCCACCCGGAGAUACGCCUCGGUCCCGGCGAGUGCACCGAAGUUGCGGUGUCCUUGCGCGUCACGCGCAUUGCUCAGAACAAGCGGUCCUCGACCCAGGGCAUUCGCGACAGCUUCCUGAUACGGAGCAAGUACUUCGACCAGAAGUUCCACGCGACGAUGUUCAUGGACGCCCCGGAUGGCGGGCAGACCAGCGAGCUGCCGCCGAAGGCGCCUCAGGGCACUGCCGUCGCGCGCCCUGGCGCCCGGCAGCAAUCGCAAGCGGCCCAAGACAGCUCGGCGAAACACCGUGUGGCGUGCGAGCCAGCGGAGGAUCUCGUCCAGGAGGUGGUGGACGCGGAUAGUGGGGGCCCUCGGGGCGCACCGGGGCCGCCGGCGCCCCCUGGGCGCGCGCACGUCCCUGCUGGAGAGGGCCUGCAGGACAAGGACGAGCUGAUUCGCAGCCUCAAGGCGCGCCUCGACAUCGCCCACAGGAGCGCACGGCCCGAGUCGUCGGAGACGCCGAGCGACGGGGCGCGCGCCGCGGCGAUGGAGCUGCGCGGCGCGAACAAGCAGCUGCGCGCGCGUGUCAAGGAGCUCGAGGGCGAGAACGACAACAUGAGGGGAGAGCUUGUGUGGCUGCGCCAGCUCCAGGACGAGCUGGAGAAGCAAGCGCCGGACGCGGAGAAGCUGGUCAGUGUGGCGGUGGGCCGCGAGAGGGCGGAGCAAGAGGCGCGGAGCCGGAAGGCGCUCGAGCUGCUGCAGGCGAAAGACGAAGCCGUGACGGCAUUCCAGAGGCGCAUGCAAGAGCUCCAGGCGUCGUACAACGAGUCGCAACGUAAUCUCCGCGACACGCUGCAAAAGCUUGAUGCCGCGGAGGCGAGAGUAGGGGACUUGCUGCAGGUGAAAGGGGACACGCAGCGGCAGCUCGAGAAGGUCACGGAAGCCGCGGCGCGGGAGACGGCCGCGCUGAAAUCAUGCAUUGCGGAGAUGAGUAGCAGCACGACGUCCUCCGCAGCAGAGUCGGCGUCGGUGCAGGAGACGGAGAGACUUCGCGAAAUCAUCGAGUCGCUGGAAGCCCGUCUUGAAGCCAAGGACGCAGCUUUGGACGCAGCACGCGGUGUGGAGCAAACGUUGAAGGAGCGACUGGACGCACAACAACGCGCGUCUCCCAAGCCGAUGCAGGAGCGCGCCGCGGCAGGCCAGCGAGACGCAGAGGUGAUUCAUCUUCGCAUGCAAGUUCGCGACCUUCAGGCUGCCCUCGAUGCGGCCCGCGCUGACGCACAACGCCCCAGGGCACCAGCAGCAAAUCCUGCAAGUGACAGCGUGGAGUCGCUCUCCGCCAAGGUGGACGCGCUGGAGAAGCGCAAUGCUGAACUGCUGGCCGUGAUUCGGAGGCGGCCGAGCACGGGCAGCUCGGAGGCGCCGCCUGGCACGGCAGAGGCGGAGGCGCAGGGUGCUGGGAGCCCGCACCCCUUCACCGAAGUUCGACAGCGCGCCCAGCUGCAAGAGCUCGCGCGCGAGAAUGAGGUGCUGCGGGACUUGAUCGCGAAGCAUCACCAGUCGGCGGAGCACGCGGCGUCUGCGGCGACGAAGAAGGCCAUCGAGGACGCCUACGACCAGUCCCGCGAGAUCACCUCGCUGCUCUCGCGUGUGGCGGACGCGGAGCGGCACGCCUCGUCCUGCGAGAGCGCCAAGAUCGACGCCGAGAGCGUUGUGCGGCAGCUGAGGUCGGAACUGAGCCAAGCAAGGGCGGAGAUCGAGAGCUGGUCCACGCGCUUCGAGCGCGAGCAGCAGCGGGCGCGGCGACAGGAAGAAGCUUCAAGUUCAGCAGCCUGCCGCUUGCGCACCGAGUGCGAGAGUGCACUGGGGCGCCUGGAGGAGCGCAACGUGCAGAUCGGCAUCCUCACGGAGACAAUUGAGGCCCUACAGGCCGGGACCGCGAGCGAAAGAGACCAGCGCAUCAUCUCCCUCACGGCUCAACUGGCGGCUUCCAGGGCCGCGGAGGCUGCGUUGGAGUGUCGCGCCGCGGAGCUGGUCGCCGAGCUGCAGUGCCGCGAGGCCCACAUCGCCGACCUGAAGCGGUCCGAGAGCGAGCUCGUGGCCGGCGCCGCACGGGCCUCCGCCGACCUCGCGGUGGCCCGUGAGGAGCGGGAUCGUGCGGACGGCGAGCUGCAAGCAGCGCGGCGGGACCUGCAGCGGGCCGCGGACAAGGAGCGCCAUUUGAGCAUGGAAGUGGACAAGUGCCAGCUCUCCCUGAAGCGCGCGCAAGCCGACUUCGAGGGCGUCAAGGCAGCCCUCGAACAAGCUCGGCUGCGGCAUGCCGCGCAGCUCGCGGCGGAGCGCGCCGAUGCGGCGGCUGCGGUGCAGGCGGCACGUGAGGAGUCUUUCAAGCUUGCGUCGUCGGGGGACGCGAGCAGCGUCUGGGACGGACUCGACCACCCGCAGCUGCUGACGGCGAUCAGGGAUCUGACUCACGCGAUCCGGCAGCGCUCGCAAGGCGAGGACGUGAGCCACCUCGACGAGAGUGCGCAGCAGAUGGCUAACAUCGUGCUCGAAGCCGAGCGCGCUCGAUUCAAGGCCGAGUCGGAGUCGCGGAUGUGCCGCGCGCGAGUGACCAUGUCAAGCGCUCGCCUCGCGGAAGCCGAACGCACCCUGGAAGAACGGCUGUCCGACUGGCAGGCCUCGGAAAGUGCACGUGCUCACGAGAGGGGGCAACUGGAGCGGCUCCUGGAGUUGACGAGGGCCCAUGCGAACGAGACUGUCGGCUUCCACGUCGACCGCGUCAAGCGUGUCGAGGAGCUGCUGGACAGGGCGAGCAAGGCUCUGAUCGAGGCGGAAACGUCCUCCGCGACAGACCGUGUGCGGGCUGAGGCGCAAACAGGCCUGCGCGAGGCAGCCGAACGCCGGGCCGCUGCCGCUGAGGCCGCGAGGAACGAGGCGAAUGCACGUGUGCGUGCAAUCAUCAUGGAGGCGGCAGGUACACCGAACGUCUUUGCCGAGGACGGCAUCGCGGAGGGCGUGGACAGGCGCGACCGGGAGUUGAAGGAGUACUUCGAGCGCGAGGUGACGAAGAUGUUGUGUGCCGCUGACCCUCAGGAGAAGAUCCUCUACCUCACCAGACAGAUCUGCUCCUUGAAGCUUGUCGAGUCCCAACUCCUCGCUUCUGCGCAAGCAGCGCGCAAGCGCGCGGACGCGGCGUGCGUGGAAGCGGGGGCGGUCCGCGCACUUCUCGAGAGGCACCCGGCGCACGACACGAGCUGUCAACAGGUGCCCGCGCGGCAGGCUGGUCACGCCGACCUGGUUGCACAGCUCGCAACACAUUCUCAAGAGCUUGCGCGGGCACAGGAGCUCGUCGCCUCCCAGCGCCAGCGAGCCGAGCGCGCGGAGGCGAAGGUACAAGAGGCCGAGAGGGCGCUUGCUGCGGAGGAGACGAAGUAUCGGAAGGCCGUCUCAGACGCACAGACUGUCGAAGCACGCGUGCGCGAAGACGCGAACCGGGCGAGCGCUGCGAGGGUCGAAGAGCUUGACGCGGAGCUCAAGCGCCUGCAUAGCACGCACAUCGACACCGUCGCGGCACUGAGGGCGGAGCUGCAAGCGGUGCAGAAGCGCGAGGACGACGUCCGCCGCAAGGCCGUUCACGACGCACGUGCAGCUGUGCCGGCGCCCGAGGUGGUCGAGGCGAUGAGGCUCGACCUCGGCCGAGCCGAGCAGAAGAUCGCGGAGCUCCACUGCACGAUCGCGGGCGUCGACGCGGAGAACGCGGCGCUGGUGAAGGACAUCAAGGACCUCGAGCAGGAGGUCCUGUCCCUGCGCGACCUGCGCGACACCCAGGGCCCGGCGAUCCAGGCGCUGCAAAGCACCCUCGGCAAGAUCGAAAGCGCGGCAGCGGCUGCCUCGGACCGCCCAGGCGGGAAGGCGCUGCAGUUUGGCAAAGGCAAAGCUGGCGUUCCGAUGGAGGAACUGAGCCGGGAGUUGGUGAAAGUCAGACUUGCGGAGGCUGAUGCACAACGCAAGCUCCGUGUCUCGGCGCGUGCUGAGAUGGAGGCACUGCAGCAACUGCAUGAGCGCGAACAGCGCAUUCAAGAGCUCAAGGAGAACCUCGAAGUCGCGAAUGCUCGCCUUCGCGGCGCAGAUCGUGACUCUGCCGCGCAGCAAUCUGCUAGUGCGCCCUCUAGCCCUCGUCGCCUGGCGCAACGCAUCAAACUCGCUGGCAGCGACGUCCUGGCAGGCGGCGAGCAAGGACAGAAAUGCCAGGCUUCGGCGACGGAAGUAGCGGCGCUGAAAUCGGAGCUGGCGCGCCGUGAUGCCCGGAUCGAGCACCUCAAAGUGCAAGCUGCCAGGGCCAUGGCCUCGCAGCAGGAUCGCGAGGCGGAGAUGGAACGGUUGGCGUCGGCCGAGACCAACUUGUCAGAGAGGCGCGCUGCUGUCGAACGGACGCGCAAGCGGCUGCUGCAACUGCACUCGGCAGUUUCAAACGCCAUCACCACCGCUCGCUCCGUCGCUUCGCUGACGGGAGCUGCGCGCUUGAACUCCGUCCUUCAUCGCAAGCCCGCUCAGGAUGCCGCGAGACCAGGGGAGACCGUAUCCAUCGCGGAGGUGCCACACGUCGUCGACGAUCUCGACACCGCCAAGGCGUGCGAGGACCUCGCCAUAUUGACCCAGGAACUGGUCCAGGGUUUGCAGGAGAAGGACUCCUCCUUCCGCAGGGCGCUGUCCAGGAUCAAGGCUCUCGAAGCAGCUCUCAUGUCUGCGCGGAUCGAGACACAUGCGUCGCCUCUGGAGUCGUCGCAGCGCUCAGUCAUCCGCGAUCUCACGGCCAGGUGCAACCAGCUGGCUCACGAGAAGGCCGAAGCGCGCAGGGAGCGUGACCGCUUGGCUCAGAGGCUCAAGGAACUGCGCUUCAGCCUUGGCACAGGCACCGCCCAGGACGCCCAAGGUGGGAAAGAAAAUCGCGGCCCGGAUGCCACGGGCCUCCACGAGGUUGUCACGGAACCGAGGAAUGCCCGCACUGCCCCCGACCAGGCGGCAAGCGUGCAGGCCGUCGACGUCGAUGAGAUUUUCAGGAGGCUCGACUCCCUGGCAGAAGCGACGACGGCCGCGCCCAGAGUCGUGCAAGAACAGCUGACCACCGAUGGACGUCAACGGCGGGUUGUUCAGGGGUACUUGUUGCCCAACCUGCGGACCACGUCAAAGGUACUGCAAGAGUCGAGCGGGCUUUGCGAGCUGCUGCGUGUGCAUCUCGACACCCUGCAACAAUCUGGAGGUUCAAUUGCCGAGGCCCUGGCUCAACUUGCGCGAAUUCGCCCACCCGUGCGUGGUGACGAAGUUGGCAAGCUGUUUAUGGACGAGGAGACGAGGGAACAGCUGGUGUCAGCGGCGGGGGCGAUGUCGGCGGAGAUCGAGUCGCUUGAGUCGGCGCUGCGGGUCCUCACGAGCAACGUGUCGAACGUGGCCGUGAGGACGCAGGAGGACGUCGGCCUGCUGAGGGACGCUGCGGACGACGAAUCCGGUUCAAGCUUCCAACGUGACGCCGCCACUCAAGCGGAUGAUGACGAGAAGGCACAGCUGAUCGAGCGUCGCAAUGUUCUCGAGGAGGGGAUGGCGAAGGAGUCCGCGGCUGCACAGACAUGCCGCGAGGACUUGGAGCAAGCCCAGGGCGAACUCGCCCGCUGCAAGGAGGAGGUCGGUAACUUGCAAGCUCGGGUGCGCGAGGCCGAGCUCGCUCGGGACGUGAGUGCACGGCACGCCGCGGAGGCUGCGACUCGCCUCGAGGCACAAGACAAGGCCGCGAAGGAGAAGAUCGAGCGCUUGGAGGAAACGAAGGCUUCCCUGACGGAUGCGCUUCAGUCUGGUCUCAAGUUCGAUCCGAAGCUGCGGACAGGCCCUCCAGCCGAGUGUUGCGGCCCGGAGGAGCAUGCUCAACUCGAACAGAGAAUCGCAGAGGUCGAGUCACGCGCACUUCAGCAGGACCGGCAGGCGAGGACGGAGAUAUCUCAGCUACGGGCACAGCUCGACAUUGCGCAGCAGGACGCGGACGCGGUGCGGGAGUCGCUGCAACGCGAGCGACAGGAGCGCGACAGGGUGGCGGUGUCGCUGCGAGAGACCAUUGCGGGCCUAAAGCUGGGAGGCCAGGCGGAGGAGAAGCUGCAGUGCCAGGUGGUGCGGCUGCAGGAGGAUCUCGAGAACGCGAUGCAGGAGCGCGCGCGUGCGCAGGCGAAGGCCCAGGAGCGCAAGGUGCAGCUGCGCUCCCUAGUGCAGCGCGUCCAGAACGUCAAGGAGCAGUGGCGCGGGCGCCUCGCCGACGCCGAAGCGCGGACCGAGCGAGUGCGGUCGGAGGUCGACGCGAUCAGGCGAUCGUACCGCGAGAUGGACGCCCGCUUGGCUGCAGCACACAACGCACAGGCGGUCCUGCAGGACAAGCUUGGCAACCAGAUCAAAGACGCAAUUGCACAGGCGACGCGCGACAUUUCAACGUCGGUGCAUGGUCCUGGGAGUGCGAUCGAGCGCAUGAUGCGUGAGCUAGAGGACCUGGAGCGGCUGACCCGGGUUCUCGAGGGGCGCUGUCGCGGCCUUGAAGCGCAGCUCCGGGAAGCACAGCAGCAGGAGGAGGCAGGCCAGGACAAGGUGUUGAGGCUGAAGGAGUCGCUCCGCGCGACGAAGCAGGACGCAGAGGCGAAGGUCAAGGCGCUGACCGACGACAUGUGUGCGGUCAAGGAGGAGCUCGAGGUGGCAAAGGUCAACCUCCAGGAAGCACGCCUCGAGAGGGACGCACUGCAGGCAACCGUCAGCGACAUGGAGCGCGCGCACGAGGAGCACGUCCGCAAGCUCAAUGAGCGACACAUGAAGGCCGUUGCGGACAUUCAAGGGCAAUUCGAGCAGGAGCGACUUGCCGCAAGGGCGGAGGCUGAAGCUGGGGCAUCGGCAGCGGAGACCCGUGCCCUCAGACGAUGCGAGGCGCAGCUUGUGGAGGCGGAGGCGCGAGUGACCACCGCCGAGAAGGUCGCCCGUCAGCGCGAAGAGCAGGCCAAGAGGGAGAUGGACUCCCUGGCCGAGAAGUUCCGAUCCUACAGGGAGCUCAAGAUUCGGGAAGUCGCUCAUCUGGAAUCGGCGCUGAAGGACCGACUCGCGGGGGGUAGGGGUGCUGCUUCCAUGAUGGAUCGCCGGCAAGUGGCAGCUGGGCCUCAGACCAGCCCGCAGGCGAGCCAGGACGCACCGGCGAGCCCUCCGCGCCAGGUGGUUCCUGACGAGUCGCGCGCGGCUCUUUCGUCGGCUCUGGACGCGCUGCCUGGCGUGGCGGGCGUUGUGGGUGAGAUCCACGAGGCCAUCGGCACGGAAGCGCUGGCGGCGGUCUACCGGCAGGUGGAGCUCGAGAGGGUGGACAAGGAGCAGGCUCUGAGAGAGCUUGCGGCCGCGAGGUCGCGUUGCGAGGUCCUCGAGCGUGAGGUCGAUCGUCUGGGCCGCGAGCUCCGCGACGCGGUCGCGCGGGCCGAGCAGGAGACGCACGUGGGCAUGGAGCGCGCGCGGGGGGAGAUCAAGGGGUUGGAGGAGCAGCUGCGGGCCGCGCAGCGCGAGAGCGCCCGCCGCCUGCGCGCGCUGCAGGCAGCGGAGGACUCGGCCGGUCGCGACGAGGCUGUGCCCCUGUCGCAGCUCCUUGCCGAGCGGGAAUCUCGGCAGGACGCAGAGGCACGCGCGCACCAGGCCAGAGCCGAGGCACGGCGCGUCUCGCAGUCCCAGCAAGCCCUUCGCAGGCGUGUCGAGGAGCUCGAAACCAAGCAGAGGGAGCUGGAAGGGCAGGGUCUCGCCGGGAAGGUCGCGACGAUGGAGGUGCGGUUGAGGCAGGCGAACGCGGACCUUGCGAGGAAGACGCAGCAGGUUCAGGAGCUCCAGGCGCGCACCGCGGACGUCGUGCGGGCGGCGGAGGCGAAGGGCGCCGCGCGAGAGCAGGAGCAGUGGGAGUCCAAGGCUCAGAAGCUCCGCUCCGAGAUCCGUCGACGGGACGCCCAGAUCCGGGGUCUCCAGCAGGAGGUGGAGAACCUGCAGGGGCAGCUGAGUGACGCGCACCGCCUGGCCAAGGACGCAUCGGGGAGGGAGAGCCGCGCACAGAGGAGUUCCAGGAGCGAAGCUUCGGCGCUCCGGGCGAGGGUCGAACACCUGCUUCAGGCAGUCCGUGGCCUGUCGCGCGUAGCCCACCGUGCGGCCGCGGUCCUGCGCGCGGCGACCAGGCCGACGGAGCCCGAGGCGCCACUGGCAGCACAGGGCGACCAGGCCUUGGAACGGAACAUCGAGGCCGUCGCAUCCGCUGCGGGGAUCGACGCCGCAGAGAUCCGCGACCUGCUCAACAUGCGCCCGACACACGGCUCGGCGUCCGGGUCUCAUUCCGCGCCUUCAGCUGCCGACCUCGGCACUCUGGCGGACCUGCUUCUGGACGUCGAAACUGCCUUGGCGCGACCUGCCGCGGGAAGUGACGACGAGGCGGUGCGUCGUGCACUAGAGAGCCUCGUGGCGGCGCUGGAAGAGGCCGUGCACCGCUCGGACGGCAGGCUGGUUCAGCCGACUCGAUCAUGA